UGUGAAUACUAAUAGCAGAAGGGAGAGCAGGAAUAACUAGCUAGUUGGUGCUGCCUUGAAUUCCCAUUGCAUGCUUAAACAUGUUCAACAAUGAUCAGCAGCAGCAAGGCCACUGCACUUCCAUCCCAAGAAUCUCCUUCUCCAGCGAUUUCGCAGAUGCUCAACACCAGAUCAAGCAUGAAAGCAGCUACAGAGAACCACCCGUGUCGUUGGAGGAUUUCAAAUUCUCCAUCGAUAGCUACGGCAUGAUCUCUGCAGAUGAGCUUAUCUCCAAGGGGAAGUUGUUGCCUUUGAACACCAAGAUGACCACCCUCAGAGAGGAACUCCUUGUUGAUGAUGAUGAUAAUGAAAAUGAUCAUCAGGAUGUGUUUUCGAGGCUACAGAAGGGUUCUGGCUGGUGGAAGGAGCGGUUGGGUCUGAAGAGGGCUCACAUUGUGCCUAAGAAAGCCGAUUUAUAUGCCAACAAGACAGGAACUAAUUGGUGGACUUUAGGCCAUGAAGGCGGAGAAGCAAUGUAGAGAAAUCAUGGGCACCGUCUAAAAGCAAUGGAGGAUUUUUUGCUGCAGCUAAUGGCAAUGCUAGAUACUGAGUAUAUUUUGAAUAUUGGACGUAGAGAUCUUAAGAUUUGUUUGUUUGGUUUAACUCAAUUUAUCAUUCCUCCUGAGGCAUGCAUAUGCUACUAGGGUUGUGUUAUGUACAAAUGUUUGCAGAUGAAGAAUUUCAUGUAAUAAUUAACUAUAUUCAUAGAUCUAAUCUAUCUAAUGAUGCUUUGUUAUCUUUUUGCCGUC